AACAUCAGCUCUGACGGAGGCGCAUCCGAGGGCUCGACCCCAGGGGCCUCAGCCUCGGUCCUCGCCCCUUCCGCCUAGCGUGGGCGUGAUGGAAAUUGUGGGCGUGCGGGCGGAGGGCGUGGUCGACGAUGUGGUGGAGGAGACAAUGAGUCCGGAGAUCCAGUACAUGGGUCACAUCGCCUACAACGUGGUGGCUCCCGUGAUCAUCUCCUUCGGGAUUCUGACCAAUGUGUUGAAUCUGCUGGUGCUCACGCGGCCGUCGCUGAGGGGACCCACCUUCAGAUACCUGAAAUGGCUAGCUGUGGCCAACCUGCUAGUAUGUGUAGUAUUGUUACCCUUCACGCUCCACUCUCACGCUACACCGGUACCCUACGCAGCGGCCUUGUACUUCGCUCAUAUUGAGGUUAGUGUGGAUUGUAAGGGUGAGCUUGGUAGUGUGGAUUGUUAGGGUGGGUCGUUGGUGUGGAUUGUUAGUGUGAGUCGUUGGUGUGGGUUGUUAGUGUGAGUCGUUGGUGUGGGUUGUUAGGGUAAAUUGUUGGUAUGAACCGAUAGUGUGGGUUGUUGGUGUGGAUCGUUUUUGGUGUGAAUUGCUUGUGUGAAUCGUUAAUGUGAAUCGACAGUGUAUAUUGUUAGUGUGAAUCGUUAGUGUGACUUGUUCGUGCGAAUCGUUGGUUUGAAUCGUUAGUGUGACCUGUUAGUGUGAAUUAUUAAUGUUAAUCGUUAGUGUCAAUUGCUAGUGUGAAUCGUUGAUGUGAAUCGUUAGUGCGAAUUGUUAGUAGGAAGAGUUAGUGUACAUUGUGGUUAUCGCUAUUAUCAGUACUACCUUUAUUAGUAUAUAUUUGUCGCAAUA